CCGGACACGCCUCGCUCCUGUGAGGGGAGUUCCAGCACAUGCUCCCUCGGUAUCAGUGAGUAGGAUAAGCUGUCCGGGGAUGGGGACGGAGGAGGCGGCUCUGUUAGUCCUCCUAGUGGGAGUUGUGAGUGUACAGCGCGGACUGACCUUCACCCAGACGGUGGAUGGAGACUUUACCUUCACCCUGCCGGCCGGACAGAGGGAGUGCUUCUUCCAGCCUAUGAAGAGUGGGGCUACGCUGGAGCUGGAGUACCAGGUCCUGGAUGGUGCAAGCUUGGAUGUGGAUUUCUACCUCAUAGCUCCAGAUGGAGAUAUUGUAUUGUCUGAGACACGCCAGUCCGAUGGGGUCCACACAGUGGAGACAGUUGAAGGAGAUUACCAAUUCUGCUUUGACAACACCUUCAGCCGACUCUCGGAAAAGGUGAUCUUUUUCGAACUCAUCUUAGACCACAUGAAUGAAGAAGGGAAUAACCAGGAAGACUGGAAGAAUUAUGUAGUAGGUGCAGAUCUACUGGACAUGAAACUUGAGGAUAUUCUGGAAACGAUUAACAGUGUGAAAGGAAGACUGGGCAAAAGUCUGCAGAUCCAGACUCUGUUGAAGGCCUUCGAGGCACGUGAUCGCAACAUCCAAGAGAGCAACUAUGACCGGGUGACCUUCUGGUCUACGGUCAACUUACUGGUGAUGGUUGUAGUAUCUGUUAUUCAAGUGUAUUUGCUGAAGAGUCUCUUUGAGGACAAGAGGAAAAGCAAACCUUGAUCACCAGAGAGGAAAUGUGCCAAAAUUAUGUGGGGAAAAUGGACUUAAUCAUAAGGGGGACUUUGUUACACUUGGAUGUUUUAUUCAUCAGUUAUACGUUUUCUUAAUUUUUAUUUUUCCUGGUACAGUUUUGCUCAUUUGUGCCUCCUGGACAACUGUGGGGAAGGACAAACUUUUUUUUUUUGCUCUUGAAACUUCUUUCUACAAUUCUCACUGAAGUAUGUGUAACAUCUACAUCCCUCUCAAAGUCAUUGUAUAGAGACAUUUUGAAGGAUAUUAGAAACAUUCAAGGGCUAAGGUAGUUUUGUCCAGCCUCAUGUAUUAAAGUACAUGAAUGAAAUUCUGUCCUUGUUGCUUAUACCAGCUAAUUGAGUUUCUUAUGUUUUUAGUACAUGGAUUGAAAAAUCUUGCUAUGAGCAGCAGGCGGGCCUUCUUUUGUAUAUUUUAAUGCAAUUUUUGUUUUUAAAGGGCAUAUUUGUGAAUCAUUUACCUUUUUUAUACUUGAGGAAAAACUUUUACUACUGUGAGAUUAUAGAGGUGAUCUAAUGCAAUGAUAAACCAGGAGAGGAAAUUCUGACGUGCUUGUCCAGUAAGUCCUCUGUUGUUCCUUUGCUGUUCCAUAUAUGAAGGCAGCAGAUCAUGUAGAAUUUAACUGAACAAGUGUUUUGGCAUCUCUAAAAAGAUAACCCAUUAUCAUUUACUACAUUUUGAUCUUAUUUUUUAGAUGUACAGAUGAUUGAUAGGACACUCACAGGCAAAAAAAAAAUAACUGCCUAUCCUAACAUUGAUUUGCUUUUGAUCUGGUCAUGUCAUGAUGGUUACAUCAUAUUAAAGUGGGGUUCUAUUCCU